AUGAGCACGGUUGCUACACUUGGAUGGGUUCUUCUGUGGGAUGUCGAUACCGGCUUGUCACAGAUCGAUAAGUAUUUGUACUCGGCCGAAGACUACACUCGUGCCGGUGGUCUCCUCGGAUGCGGAGUUGUUAAUUGUGGUGUGAAGAAUGAAUGCGACCCGGCUCUAGCACUAUUAGGAUCAUACGUCGAUUCCAACAGGGACGUAUUGUCCAGGGCUGCAAUCAUCGGCUUGGGUGUAGCCUAUGCCGGUUCGAUGAAAGCGGAGGCACUUGAGAAAUUGACUCCUGUCAUUCUGGAUGUGAAUACCAGUCGUCUACAGCAUGCAUGUCUAGCUGCAUUAUCUGCGGGGAUGAUUGCUGUGGGAUCCUUGAACGACGAUGUGACCUCCACCAUUCUCCUGACUAUGCUGGAACGGCCAGCAAGUCAUUGGAAUAAUGUGUUCAGCAAAUUAAUGGCGCUUGGUCUUGGCCUGACGUGCUUGGGACGACAGGAGGAGGUUGAAGUCAUCCUGGCUUCAUUGGAAGCGAUCUCGGAACCAAUGAAAUCGAUGGCACAUAUGAUGUGCGAUUUUUGCGCAUAUGCUGGAAGUGGAAAUGUUUUGAAGGUGCAGAAGCUGUUGCACAUUUUGUCAGAAAAGUACGAGGAAAAGGAGAAGGACAAAGGUGAUAAGAGCAACGCUGCUGGUGGGAAAUCGAAAGAGAAAUCAAAAGAAACUCGUCGUACUGGUGCAGGCCGUGCUCGUCAACGCCGCACGGGUGCCCCCAAGAAUACCAACAACGAAGGUGCUGACGGUGCCACAGACACACAAACGGAAGAACCUGCCGAGGUGGAUGCAGAUGAGGAAAAAGAUGCCGGAUCAAUUACUCAGCCAACUCCAAUGGAUACCGGAAACACGGAUGCAGUGGAGGUGAACGAAGAAAGCGGGUUCGAUUUUCACGCGCAUCAGGGCUUAGCCGCCCUCGGAGUGGCUGUCAUUGCCAUGGGUGAAGAAGUCGGUUUGGAUAUGGCGUUCCGCAUGUUUGGCCACUUGUUGCGCUUCGGAGAACCUCCCAUCAAACGAGCUGUCCCGUUGGCAUUGGCUUUGUGUUAUGUUUCCAAUCCUCAACUAAAAGUGCUGGAUACACUCAGCAAGUUUAGUCACGAUUCUGACCCAGAGUUGUCCUACAAUUCAAUUUUGGCUUUGGGCCUUGUUGGUGCAGGCACCAACAAUGCACGUUUGGCUGCCAUGUUGCGUCAGUUGGCUGUUUAUCAUAGUCGAGACCCGUACAAUCUGUUCGUGGUGCGUCUAGCCCAAGGGCUUACACAUCUGGGUAAAGGAACACUGACAUUGAGCCCGUGGCAUUCGGAACGCUUCCUAUCCCGUCCAGUGGGUAUUGCUGGUUUGCUCACACUGCUCGUCUCCUGUUUGGAUAUGCGCACCACGUUCAUGGGUCGACAUGAUUAUCUCAUUUUCUAUCUGACCCCGGCGAUCCAACCUAGAUUGUUAAUGACGUUUGAUGAGGAUCUGAAGCCAUUGCCGGUGACCGUUCGAGUCGGUCAAGCUGUGGACGUGGUCGGUCAGGCUGGAAGACCAAAGACGAUUACUGGUUUCCAAACACACACCACUCCGGUUCUCUUGUCCCAUGGUGAACGUGCUGAGCUUGCAACAGAUGAAUAUAUGGCUGUUACCCAACUGCCCUUAGAAGGCUUUGUACUGCUGAAGAAAAAUCCAGAUUAUGAAGAAUCGACGACGUGA